AUGGCGGUGGCAGAUGUGAAGUUAAAUUCACCAACUCAAACAAACAGUCAAAGUGUUGUUGUCAAUGUCAAAGACAGAGAUGUUGAAGUGGGGAAACCAUACGAAGACGAAGAUGGUAUAACAAUAGUUCCUGUAAAAGAACAACCAACAUAUCCUGAAGUUAGCAGAGACUUAAGUUCUGUUGCAGAUAUUCGAAACGACUACCAACAACUGAAAGACAAACUUCAAACUCAGGAGAAGAUUUGUCAAGCUUUAAGUAUAAUGUUAAACUUGGUCGAACACAACCCUGUAAAAGUGAACUCAUAUGUCAUUGCACCUCAUGAAGUUUUGAAAGAACUAUUGAA